AUGGAGUUGCAUAAGACACAAAUGGAACAACAACGAGGCCUAUUCCCUGGCGGAGCAAUCAUUUCGGUCGCCAUGCUCGCACCACUAACUGCCAUCUCGCCAUUCCGCCAGCCGUUGCUUUUCAUAUUCGCCAGCACUUGCAUCUUGAUCAGCUUGUCAUUCUUUCGGCUCGUCCAGGUGCUCCAUCGGCCACCAAUAUCGCGACGUCCUCCGCCAUCUUCGAGAAAUCCAACCCAUUUGUUGGUUGUGCUGGGAUCGGGAGGGCACACGGCAGAAAUGCUGAACAUUCUGAGCCAAUACCGCCGACUACCGCUUGACUUCACCAGGCGGACCUACGUGGUGAGUUCGGGGGAUGAAUUCUCCGCCUCGAAAGCAAGGGAUUUUGAGGCCGAGAUGGCGUCGAACCUGCAGGCCUCCUCAUCCUUUUCCGAAGAGACACCUCCAAACUACAGCGUCGUGACGGUUCACCGCGCGCGACGUGUUCAUCAGUCCCUGCUCACGACUCCCAUUUCAAGUCUCCGGUGCUUGUACGACUGCCUCAGCGUCCUUUGCGGCACACAUCGAGAGUUUGAAUCACAACCUGGAGGCAGUGCUCCACCAUCCUAUCCAGAUCUGAUCCUGACCAACGGGCCCGGAACCGGGGUUAUCGUCUGCUUCGCUUCUGUCAUCCUUUUAUUCUUCGGUUUCUCAGGUCCCACGACACUCCGCUCACCCGUCAAGGACUCCAGAGCGCACUCGGACCCUCUUUCAACGCAGAGCACCUCCACUGCAAGCUCUGGCGAAGGGUAUACACAAUUCGGGCAGAUGCGCACCAUCUUCAUCGAGUCGUGGGCCCGGGUGAAAACCCUCAGCUUGAGCGGGAGACUGUUGAGACCGUUUGUCAAUCGGUUUCUCGUGCAGUGGCCCCAGCUCGCCGAGAGGCAAGGGAGAGCCAAGAACGUCGAGUUUGUAGGGAGUCUGGUUACUUGA